AUGAUUCAUCCAUUACUUAAUUUAUAUUGUCGAAGUCUUUCAUUAAAUAAGUCCUGGCUCGAGCUUCAAUAUCAUGAUCUUAAUGAAAAAUUUAUAAAAAUGCCACACGAAUUAGAAAAUGACAUGAAACAACCACGAAGUCCACUCAAUGAAAAGAUAUUAGACCGAGUCCAUGGGUCUAUGAUCGGAAUGACAAUAGGUGAUGCUCUUGGUGCACACGUACAAUUUCGACCCCAUCAAUAUUUGGUUGAAAAGCCUGUUACUGAUUUUCAAGCAGGAGGAACGUGGGGUCUUAAGAAAAGACAGGUAUUAUAA